GUAAAAGGGAUCACAUUAUUCACGGUGACGCAGAUAUCAGGAAAUAUAAUAUUGUGCGGGUCACAAAAAUUGAUUCUCUCCGCAGAUUUAUGGACAAUUUAUGAGGGCACGAAGUAUGGUCACAAAUGGCUUUCCAGUGCAUUGUAGAUAAUUCUUAUCCAAGACUUUGUAUGUAUAUAUGUGUUUUAAAACCCAAAAAAAAAAAAAAAAAAAAAAGAACAAGAAUCAAGAAAGCAAUGCGAGGCCAGGAAUCAGUGGAGACUCCGGUGGGAGUUCCGGCGAGUAUUGCAUGGGAUGCUUACCGAGGACUUGAGUUUGGAAGACUUGUUGAUGAGCUACUUGGUAACGUUGUUGGUAAAGUAGAGGUUGUAGAAGGUGAUGGUGGUGUUGGUACUAUUAUGAAACUUACAUUUCCUCCUGGAACGCCUGGAAGUGGUUACAUGAAGGAAAUAUAUACAAAGAUGGACGACGACAACCGUGUGAAGGAAACAGAAAUCAUCGAAGGAGGCUACAAAGAUCUUGGGUUUGAUCAUGUUCGUAUUCGCUUGGAGAUCAUUGAGAAGGAUGAUGCUGCUGCUGAAUCAAGUAUUAUCAGAUCCACAAUAGAGUAUGAGAUGGAUGAGACCAAACCCGAGCUUGCUUCUUUCGUCUCUACCAAGCAGCUUGAGAUCAUGGCUGAAACCAUUGGGAAGUAUCUCAUUGACAAGAAUUCCAGUACCGCAUAGAGUGUUUGUAUUAAUAUUCCUCAUGGACUUUCUCUAUUUUUCAUUACAGAAUACAUCAGAGUAAAAAACAUUAUACAAUUUAAAUUAAUUAGUCCAUGCUACUAAUAAUUUAAGAAGCUAAAGUAUCUGUAAAAGAAAAGAAAAAUAUCAGUGUACGUCUGUUGUGAUGUAAUUUGCUCGUUUUGGUUUUGAAAUUGUUGGCUUUGCUUCAA